AUGCCUCCAGUACGAACAUCCCGCAAUCGCAAGCCGCCACCAGCAGGCUUCGAUGACAUCGAAGACACGUUACUCGAGUUCAGCAAUAAAAUGAAAGAUGCAGAGAAUGCGCCCCACGAGGGGAAGAAGAAACACGAGGUUCUGUGGCCGAUUUUCCAGAUCAGUCAUCAGCGAUCAAGAUAUAUCUACGACCUAUACUACGAGAAAGAAGCCAUAUCAAAACAGCUGUAUGACUGGCUCUUGAAGAACAACUACGCGGAUGCGAACCUGAUCGCGAAAUGGAAAAAACAGGGCUACGAGAAGCUCUGCUGCCUCCGCUGUAUCCAGACUAAGGAAACCAACUUCAACGCAACCUGUAUUUGCCGAGUACCAAAAGCCCAGCUGAAGGAGGACCAGAUGAUCCAGUGUGUGAGCUGUGGAUGUCGAGGCUGUGCUAGUAGCGAUUAG